AUGACUUCCAAAAAUGCACUAGAUGACAACCCUUUAGUGGAGCAUACAAGACGUUUACCUUUAAAAAAUUCAUUACCAACUAGAAAAUCAUAUUCGCCAAGUCCUCAAAGAUCUAUAAGUGAACUCAAUACAAAUAUAACUACAGAAGAUGAUGAAUGUAUACCAAAAUUAAUUCAUAGAUGGAAUCAUAAAUAUUCCAUAUUAUCCACAAUAGCAUUUCCAAAUUCAGGUUUGUUAUUUUGUGGUACACAAGAUCAUCAAAUUUUAGUAUUAGAUAUGGUAACUUUUGAGAAAAAACAAAGUUUAAUUGGUCAUACUGGUUCUGUCUUAUGUUUAACUAAAUCUGCUGAUGAAAAAUAUUUAUUUUCUGGGGGUUCAGAUUCCUUAGUUAAAGUUUGGGAUGUUACACAAAUGAAAGAAACUCAUACUAUUUAUUCAUUAGUCGAUAUAGGUGAUAUCUUUAGUUUAGCAUGGUCAAGUUCAUUAAAUACAAUUUAUUUUGGUGCUCAAAAUGCAUCAAUUUUAUUUGUUCAUCUUUUACAAAGUAUACCCAAAGAUGAUCCAAGUGGAUUACCAUCACAAAGAUUUGACAAGUUUUUCGAUUCUAAAGGUCCAACAGGUGAUGUUCAUCCAUUAUCACAUAGAAAGAACAAUGGUGAAUUAAAAUCACGUUUAAUUGAAAUUCCAUCUUCAAAUAUUAUUCCAUAUGCUCAUAAUGGAUUUGUUUAUUCAAUGGAAAUUAAUGAUCGUACAUUGAUAACAGGUGGUGGUGAUGGUGAAGUCAAAAUAUGGGAUUUAAAUUCCAGAGGAUUAACUCUAGUGAAAUCAUUAGAUAAUGAUGAAAGUGUUUUAUCUUUAACAAGAAAUGAAUCAUUUCUUUAUUGUGGGUUAUCAGAUGGUCAAUUGAAAGUUUGGGAUUUGAAUACAUAUCAACAAAUAAGAUCUAUAGGAAGUGAUACAAAUGCAAUUAUGUCCAUUGCUGCAACUUCGUCAUGUAUUUAUAAAGGUACUUCAAAUGGUGUCAUUAAAUGGAAAUUUGGCAAAGAAUGUAAAGAAUUAUGGGAUGCUCAUCAAGGUUCUGUUUUAUCAUCUGAGAUUUGUUAUAGGAAGGGGAAAGCACUUUUAAUUACUGGUGGUAAUGAUGCAUCCGUUGCCAUAUGGGAAAUUCCUACUGAUGAUAAUGGGCCUUUAAGAAGAGCUUCAAUUGCAGCAGUUGAUAACGAUUCAUUAUUGAAAACUUUAGGUCAGAUUGUUUCAUUUAAAACUGUUUCCAAGAAACCAGAAUAUUUUAUUGAUGAAUCACGUCGUUGUGCUGCAUUUUUAACAAAAUUAUUUAAUCAAUUUGGUGCAGAUUCUGAAAUAAUACCUGUGGAAAAUGGUAAUCCUAUAGUUUAUGGUUGUUUUAAAGGUAAAGAAUCCAAUAAAAAGAUUCCAAGAAUCUUAUGGUAUGGUCAUUAUGAUGUUAUUGAAGCAGAUGAUACCAGUGCUUGGAAUUAUGAUCCUUUUAAAAUUACAGCUACAGAUGGUUAUCUUUAUGGUAGAGGUGUUAGUGAUAAUAAAGGUCCAAUAUUAGCUGCUAUAUAUGCAGUUGCUGAAUUGUUACAGACUGGUGAUUUAAAUGCUGAUAUUGUAUUCUUGAUUGAAGGUGAAGAAGAAUGUGGUUCAUUUGGAUUCCAAGAUGCAGUUCAAAGAAAUCAUGAGAUUAUUGGUGAUAUUGAUUGGGUGUUAUUAAGUAAUUCCUAUUGGUUGGAUGAAAACAUUCCAUGUUUAAAUUAUGGAUUAAGAGGUGUUAUAAGUGCAUCUGUGGAAAUUAAUAGUGAUAAACCUGAUAGACAUUCAGGUGUUGAUGGUGGUGUCUCUAGAGAACCUACUAUUGAUUUGGUGAAUCUUUUAUCAACUUUAACUACUAAGAAUGGUACAGUUCAAAUACCAAAUUUCUAUGAACCAAUUCAACAACAAUUAACACCAGAAGAACAAAGAUUAUAUAAAGAAAUCACCACUAAAGCUGAUAUAAAUAUUAGCAGAGAAACACUUUUGGCUAAAUGGAAAUAUCCAUCAUUAUCUAUUCAUAAAAUUGAAGUUUCAGGUCCAAAUAAUAAUACAGUCAUUCCAAGAUCUAGUAAAGCUUCAGUAUCAAUUCGUAUUGUUCCAGAACAAAACGUUGAAGAGAUUAAAACAUCAUUCAUAAAUUAUUUAGAAAGUUCAUUUAAAGAUUUUGAUUCAGAUAAUCAAUUAAAGAUUAAAAUUGUUCAUGAAUCAGAACCUUGGUUAGGUGAUCCAACAAAUUCAGCAUUCAAAAUUCUAAGUAAAGCAGUUUCAGAAGAAUGGGGUAUUGAACCAUUAUACAUUAGAGAAGGUGGUUCUAUUCCAUCAGUUAGAUUUUUGGAAAAAAUUUGUAAAGCACCAGCUGCACAAAUUCCAUGUGGUCAAUCAACAGAUAAUGCACAUCUUAAUAAUGAAAAGCUCCGUGUUACUAAUUUAUAUGCUCUUCGCAGAAUUUUGAAAAAAGCAUUUAAAGAACUUCCAAGCAGAAGCACAUUAGCAUGA